AUGAACGUUUUACUCUCGCCACAACCUCCUGUCUUCCCUCACCAGCACGAAAAUCCUCGUCUCUCCCCCCAACGGUCUCUGUCUCCAUUUCACAACAUGAACCCCCGUAAGCGAAAGGCUGACGAGGAUGGCGACGAGACAAUGUCACCCAGGAGCUCUCCUACCAUCUCUGCUCGAGCUCUUGCUCGGCCCUCCAAGAAAGUCCGUGCAAAUGAAAUUAUUGGACGACCUCUCGCACUCCCCCGACUUCUCGAGACCCUCGACACUUCGCAACUAAGAACUGUUCUCGAGCGCAUCUGCGAAACACACCCUGAUAUUGGCCACGAAGUUGUCACUCAGGCUCCCCGCCCCUCAGUCUCGUCUGCUGUCGAAGUCUUGCAAGGGUACGAGCAGAAAAUGAAGGAUGCCAUUCCUUAUGGCGAGUCCAGCCCCGAAUACACUUAUUAUCGGGUCAAGGAGCCGUUAAUUGCUUUCAUCGACGCUCUAUCCGAUUUCACUCCUCAAUUCCUCCCACCCAAUGAGACCCAGCCUACCAAGUCUCUCGAAUUCUUGAACGAGGCUACCGAUUUUAUCCAUAGGCUGCCUAACUGGGAACCUCAAGCAUAUCGACAUCACAAGGAGACCGCAUAUGAAGAGAUAUCCAAGGCCUGGGCGCUCGUUAUCAACGAGGCAGGCAAGAAAGCUGGGGGCCUCAACCUGCACUCUGGAGGAUGGGACCAGAUUCUGUCUCGACACAAUGAACAAUCUGGCGGCCGUCUCUCCACUGCUAUCCACGCCAUGUCCAUGAGUGUUGGAUGGAUGGGUUCUAACGCAAAUACUGGGUCUGGCAGUGCCUCAGACUCCAUAUUAAACCAAUUGAUGUCAGGUUCAUAUGGAGCUCCAGUUAGAGUUGGACCCUGGUAA